GACGGAUGGUGUGAAGCUCACCGGCUCCGGCGAUCGAUCCACUGAACAGGAACCCGUACCGUCCACGGGCACGAUCACGGUGUUACACCCCGUUCGCUUCAUCGACACGAAACGGACUACAAGAGCGGUCGUCCGAUAUUAUACCAUCGCACAGACACCAAGCUUUGUGGUUUUCCCAUCUUCCCUACUUUGACCCGUGCGUGUCUUGUUUCAUGCCCCUUUUGUCGUCUGCUUGACGCUGGAGCCCAGGCCGUCGCAAGUCGCAAGUCUCAAUCUCGCAACAUCAAACAUUGCCAAACCCGAAAUCAACAAAUUUGAAACUCUGAUUGAGGCAGUAAACACGUUAUUUCUGCCUAUGCCCUUCAUUUAGUUUCUGUGGUUUUGCUGGACAAAAAGGCGCUAGAGGUGGAAUAUAUAACUAUGUCCUCGCAAACAGCUCCUCAGACGACGGCCUCGCAAACGGCUUCGCAAAACCAAACAGGCUCUGAAGCAGCUUCACAGCAGACGGCCGGGCCUCCCCCUCCAGUAUCCAGCUCGCCCGCUCUGAACAUUCUUCCUUCGAACCAGCCCGCCGUCAACAACGCUGUCUCCUCGCCUUCGCUGCCUUCUCCUCACUAUUUACCUGCCAGCAUCGCCAUGAAAGACAGCGCGGGCGUUGAUCCUGGUCCCGGACCAACACGACAUCCCCGUCCCCUGACCGCCGCCGAUCUGCAUUUGCAACUGGAAAAGGAACAAGAGGCAGUGGUCAACCGCCUCAGUCGUGAACUCAGCAUGCUCCGCGCUGCGCAGAACGCAUCGGUGGUCUCGAAUGCAUCCGUCAUCUCGAAUGCUUCCUCGGCUUCAGCUAGCGUUUCGGGUGCUGAAUCCGUACCGAUUGGCGACGCGUAUGUGGGAUCCGGUGCUCCAGGACUAUCCCAUCAUCGGGUUAGCAUGCACAAUCGUACAUCUUCUAGCGCCAGCACGCGCAGCCUCGCAGCCAACGCCGGUUCUAUCUCGACAUCACUCACUGGUAUCUCGUCGCCUGCCCCGAUUCGCCCAACCCAACCGGUCCCCAUCGGCGGUAUCAGCUUGAGCAGGCAGAAUAGUGCUGCUUCCAGACGGAGUCAGGCAGGAUCGCCAUCCUCUGCUCACUUUAUGGGCAGCUACUCGGGUGCUCUUCCGAUGCACAGUUUCACACCCUCAUCGAACCCUGGCGAUCCUUCGACGGUCAACUAUUUCGCCCAUCGCCUGUCCGGCGCAUUUCAUUCAAUGGCUGCAACGCCCGGAUCGAUCCCAACUAGUGACCAUUCUCCAGCUAUCCUGCCAGGAACCCCGCGCUAUGAGGAGACGGCCUUCUAUCGUAGCGAGCUGGAGUCUGUGAAGAGAGAGAAUGAAGCGCUGAAACGACGAGUCCGCGAGUUGGAACGCAUGGUCCGCGAGCGACGGGCUAGCGAUGCUAGCCGCGCAAGCCAAGGCGGUGCAGGAUCACUAGCUCCGCGGACCCGGAGCGACAGUACUAGUACCACUGCCAGCGUUAGUGUUACUGCUAGUACUGCUGCCACCGGCGGUGUCAGCAUUGCUGCGCCGAGGGAUGCUGAUCCUACGGCAAGAGCGGAACGACCGAGAGUGGUCAGUGCAAUCAGCAGCAUCGCGGUUGGUGUGCCGGACGACGAGGUGAAGGUUGGCGAGAGUGCCGCUAGCUCAGGUCUUGGAGAGCAUGACAAAAGAAGAAAGCACGACAAGGGGCCAGAAGCAGAGGGACAGGCACAGGCCUAGUUCGAGCCAGUGCUAACCGUUAGGACACUGGCCCAGGUAUGUCCAAGAGACAACAGCAUCAAUCAAUGGUUCAACAACACACUCGGCCUAUAAUCAUAAUCAAGGCCUGUAAGAGAAAGGCCAGAUGCUUCGGAAUGGUACACAGCGGAGUUUGAUAUGGGUGCUUUGACGGGAGCUUACUAACACUUUUUCUAAUCAACUUUCAACUUUACGGUUUAACUUUGGGGCGCAGGGUCAGGUACAUAGCUUACUACAGGUUAAGGGGCGUUUCGUUUUGGUGGAAUACAUACUGUAAGUAAGACAGGUAGUUUUUCUUAUCCAAGCUUAUUGUAAUCAGUUUGUCUCCGCAUGCACUGAGACCCCUUUUCCGUCGUCAAAUGCUUAGGCAACUACGCACAAAGUCUCCAUCUCCAGGGGUGUACGUGUUAUUCAUAGCGAGAAUGUUCCACGGACCAAUAACGACAAGUUACAUCAUCGA